UCCGUGGUUUCGGUUUGCCGUGAAGUGACCAAUUCGUGGCUAAGUUACGCGUUUUUUUCACUUUCCUGUCCUGUUCAUUUGCUCUCUGUCCUUCUGUGUUUUCUGCGUGUUCAUCAUAUUUACCCAUUAUGGCUCGAAGUCACGUCUACGGACAACGGAAACGUAAGAAGAAGGACUUUGCGAAUUUACGUGGUAGAGGCGGCAUGUGACGGAACCUGCGGAUUUGAGAGAUUUUGGUAAUGCAGGAUGCUCCAGCUGUGCUGUUCCGAGUGAUCGUUGCACUUCGACGAGUCCACAUCGCACAGAUACCGUUGUAGGCUCAACCUUUGGUGGUAGUGUUGUUGCUCAAACUGUAAGUGAUGCCGGUCGGAAUGCUUGUUUCGCUUCGAGCACAAGCGAAAUUCGUCCUUCAAAUUCGUCAUUUGCUGAUUCAGCUGAGAUAGAUAAUGUAGUCCCCUGCAGUUCAGGUUGUGACGAGCUUGCCAGUUCCAGAGCAAGUCCCGUUCCAACCACUGCCGCUGUUACACCCAGUUGAUCUCAAUCUUUCGAUACUGGCAAUGUUCACCAGACACAGAGUCAGCGCACAAGCAGUGUGAAUGGUCGGCGUAUAGUGGAGAUUGAACACUUCUUCUCGUCUUUGCAAAGUUUGUCGGUACAUAGUCCGUUUGGUUGCGGCCUGGCUGACAUGGAAAUUGUAUCAGAACAUCGGCGAGGUCUGUGUAGCUCUUUCAGUUUGAAGUGCAGGAUGUGUCUGAGGAAAGAUGUAGUCACAACGGAGGCACCAGUUGAUCAACUUCUUCAACAACGCAUGGACGUCAAUUCCUCAGCAGUGAACGGUAUCGUGUCUAUAGGUUCUGGUUUCUCAGGCCUUCUCGAGCUCCUAGGUGCUCUGGACAUACCCGGCAUGGGUAGUAGCACGUAGAGUAAGUAUCAGGAUAUUGUUGCUAAAGGAAUCGAUAAAACAGCUUGGGAAGAAAUAAGAAAAGCAGGCAGUGAGGAAGCUUGGUUAGCUAUGGAGGCUGGGGACGUCGAUGCUGACGGUUUUCCUAUAAUUACGGUCGUUGCCGAUGGUGCUUGGUGCAAGCGUUCAUACAAGAACAAGCACGACGCUCUUUCUGGCUCGGCUGUAAUUGUUGGGUACCGCACAAAGAAAGUACUGUUCCUAGGCGUCCGGAACAAAUUUUGUACACUGUGCGCAAGUUGCAAGGCAGGGUCGAGCCCAAAAAAGCAUCUGUGCUUCAAGAACUGGGAGAGCAGCUCUACCAGUACGGAGAAGGAUAUCGUCGUUGAAGGCUUCAGGCGCAGCAUUGAGUUGCACGGGGUAAAGUACUUGCAGUUGAUCGCUGACGGUGAUUCGAGCACAUACAAGUCAAUUCUUGAAGCUGCACCGUACCAGCAUCAGGUAGUUCAGAAGAUAGGAUGUCGCAACCACCUUCUUCGAAACUAUGUAAGUCGUCUUCGAGAUAUUGCUUUGGCAAAGACAACAACCCCCAUUCCCCCAUCGCUGAAGAAGCUACUUCUCGAUAAUGCUGUUCGACUAAGAGUUGGAGUUGCUAGGGCUAUUCACUAUCGCAAAGAGCAGGCUGAGUUCAGCAAACAAGAUCAGAUUCGGAACCUGGUGGCUGAUAUCCGUAAUGGGCCACUCCAUGUGUUCAGCGACCACGCAAAAUGUGCAGUGGUACAAAAGAAGGGGAAGUCAAUCACGUCCCAGAGCUCAGGAAAUGCGGACUUUUCAAUGAAAUCCUUGUAGCGAUGAGUCGUUUGGCAAACAAUGGUAGCAGCUUGAUCCUUGACGUUAACAAUAAUGCUGCAGAACAUUUCAAUUCUCUCGUUGCAAAGUUUUCUGGCGGGAAAAGAAUAAACUUUUCCCAGAGGUGAUCAUUCGGAAUGCGGGCUUCAGGGGCUGUCGUGUCUUUCGACUCUAAGCAGUACCAUCGUGCUGUACAUAAGGCAGUGUACAACACCAGCCCUGGGAGGUAUGCAAAAAUUAUGCUGAAGCGUAAAGCAGCUGUUCGUGCUGCUUGCAUAAGGCAUCGGAGUUCUGGGGCUGCUCGCUGUAAGCGUUCACUUGAAGGUGCGCCUUGCAAGCGUGCUUCCAGCGACAACCACUAUGGUUCCAUAGUGGAUGCCCCAGACAUGAACCACGAUGACUAUGUUGAAGCUGCUGCGGCGUACCCCUGUGGAGGGGUGUGAGGUCAUCAUGGUAUUCUACCUUGGCUUGAGUGUAUAGCAAAGCUGUCCCCAAACCGUCGUUCUUCCCAGGCAUUGUUGAAACACGUCCGCACAUUGAUGCUAUAUGUGUGAGGCCAUCAUGGUAUUGUACCUUGGCUUGAGUGUAUGAAAAUUGUGGAAAGAAACAUGAAUGGUGUUCCUAGCACUUUUGAAGCUCCACCAGCCUGUUCAGAUGUCGACAUCCUGAUUAUGAAUCCAUUUUGAUAUUUUGACAAGGUCGGUAAGUAUCAUAAUUGUGCAGAGGUGUCUCCCAACUGUCGCCAGUUCCCCGCAUUGUUGAGCACGAGCAACAUCCCAACAUGUUGCCCUGCGUUACGUCCUCUUGCCAUCUUGCCUUUACUUGGGUGUCAUUUCAACAUAUGAAAAUUGCCUUUUCAGAUUCAGGUUUCCAGAACUACUGCAGAUAUGAUGGCCAGACGCCCAAAGGUCAAACUUCCUAAGUGUUACUGUCUUUAUCUGUCAUUUGAAAAUUUCCCACUCUCUCCCUGAUUAUGAAGCACAUGCCCUUGCCAGUGUUGUACCUGGUUCAGCAUUAUGUGGCCAAUGAUGAAUGGUACCCUGCUGGACAUUUUUUUUCCAUAAACACACACUCUGAGGCCUUAGCUGCCAACUGACAAGCAAGGAAACUCGUUGCUGAGUAACACGUUCCAAGUUUUUACUAUUCCCAUAUUAUGAAUCUGGCUCUGUCCACCAGGAUGCUAUAUGUUGAUGCCUUCAUGACCUUCAUGUCCAAGUGCGCCUACAUGCAGCGGACUGUAUGGUACUUCAUUAUGUGUUUAUGCCACAUCGCCAAUGAUGAAAUGUGCUCUGUUGGAUACUGUAUCCACGAAUGAACAUUCUGAGGCUACAAGCAUGAGCUGGUACGCAUAAGUAAUGCAGAAAACGUGACGAUGUAUACAUGCUGCGUUCUUCAAUAAAAUAUCUCCAAUCUACCAAUAGUGAACACAUGCUACUGAUUUCUUUUUAAUCUUUCGGGUGCUGGCUGUCUAGGAUUUUCUGCUUGCAGGAAUCUGUGAACCAGUGGUUACUAACAACGGCUAUUGGUCACCUUGACCAGAUUUCAUCUGAAGAAAAACUUGAGUCCCGGGGGAACACUGCAAACACAUCUGUACGGACCACAAUAAAAAUUUGAGGAAAAAUACAUUUUUUUCCCUUGAAAAGCUU